GUUGCAUGCUGGGUAAGGGACGGAGACUCCGAGGUACAGGGGGAGGACUGAGCGAAUUCAAGCCGGUUGUUUUAACCUUCAUUUAUCUAGACUUAACUCAAGUACAGUAAAUUCUGUAACCUCCCUUUCCCCACUUCUGACUGUGACGGAUGUCAACUGCACCUGAACAACGAGAAUGAACCUUCUUGGUCUGAAGGUGUGAGCGCGAGGCCGGGAGAGACCGCCGCGGGACCAUGGAGCCCGACGUGAUCCGCAUGUACUCCUCCUCCCCGCCCCCGCUGGACGACGGCGCCGAGGACGACGACGACGACUUCGGCGACUUCGGCGCCUUCUCGGGCGUGCCGUCCAGCGUCAGCUUCACCGAGUUCGACACGCCGCCCGUCUUCGGCCCCGCCCAGACGGCCACGGCGGCCGACACCUCGCCCCCCAGCCCCUUCGCGGAGCUGGGCCCGGGGCCCGCGGGCAGGGGCCCCUCGGGGGGCUUCCCUGCGUUUCCUGCCUCCGACCCCCAGGGGGCAGACUCGAGCGCCGGCCUGGAAGGCCGACCCGCCGUGAAAACCGUCAGCGCCGAGGAGCUGAAAAGGCCAGCGGACCACGCCCCGCGCGGCGCUCACUCGAACUCGUCCGAACCCGAGCCGGGCGGCGGUCGGACCAAGGCCGACGCCCACAGCUGCAACGGCGGCUUCGCCGUGGACGAGGUUCUCACCAACGGCUUCGUGGCCUUCGACGGAGAGGACGCGCCCUCCUGCCCGUCCCCCGAUCACCCCGCAAACAAAGGGACCGCCCCCUCCACGCCGGACUCCUCCCCUCCCAACACCGAGGACGAGUUUGAUGACUUUUCCGCCUUUGGCGGUGCCGGCGCGCCUAGAGACGCUGGGUCGGAGCAGGUCGCGGGCGGGGGGCGGGCAGACGAAGGGAAGCGAUUGGCCGACGGUGUCGGCGACGAGCGGUCGGACCCGGGGGAGGCGGAGUCUGUCGCGGAGGAGAACGGCGUCAGAGACUCUCACUCCCCGCGGCCCGACGCCGCUGACGUCCCCGCGGUCGUCACGGAGACCCUUAGCAACGGGGACAGGGGCUCCCUCUCGGACGAGGAGACUGAGCGGAGGGACGCGGACUCUUUUAGCGAGCGGACCCCGGACCCCGCGGACGUAUCAGAGCAGAGCGGGGCGCCAGUCAUCCAGAACGGGAACGGGCGGGUAGAGGAGGGGGAGGGGAGGGAGGAGGAGGGGGAGGAGUUGGGCGGGUGCGAUGGAGAGGCAGGGUCUACAGGCUAUGAUGACGGGGUUUCGAGCAGGGGCGGGAAGGGGGCGGAGAACGAGGUGGGCGUGUCGGUCAGCGAGAGCUUCGCGUCCUUCUGCCAGGCGGUGUCCCCCGAUGGGACGGAGGAUUUCGGGGACUUCAGCGUGCCGGGCCUCGCCCCUUCGGCGUGUCCCGAGGAGGAGACGCUCACGCCGGCUGACCCCAGCUGGCCCACGGAGGAGGAGGAGGAGGAGGAGGAUUUCGGCGACUUUGGCGAUGCCAGCUCCGUCAGCGGUCCGGGUUUCGCCGACUUUGACCGGACUGAGUCUGAGCAGCCCGCUGAGUCGGCAGAUUCGGCCAGGGACUCCGGGGAGGACGAGGGCGACUUUGGGGACUUCAGCGCCCCGCAGGAGGACGGGGCGGGCGAGGGAACGGUCGGCGGGGAGGGGUUCGCGGAGUUCCCCGGCAGCGACAGCUUCGCGGACUUCAGCGCGGCCCCCGCGGGCGCCGGUCCCCACUCGGGCCCUGCGUCCGGGUGGAGCGCCUUCGAGGACCAGGACGCGGGCGCGGACGACGACUCCUCCUCCUGGGCCGCGUUCGGGGAGGAGCAGAGCGCCGCCCCUUCGGAGGGCCAGGCACGGCUUCAGGACAGCGCGCCCGUCACAGCGCCCCCUGCUGACGGCUCCCAGACCUGCAGGAGAGACAGCCUGUCGGUGUCGCUGGCCUGCAGGCUGGAGCGGCUCUUCCACACCUCGUUCCCGGACACGCCCACCCCAGAGCACGGCACGGAGGUGCUCACCCUGAGGGUCCUCCUGGAUCCCCCGAGCCGGCCUGAGGAGGACGAGGAGGAGGCGGAGGAGGGAGGGGAGGCGGGGAAGGACACCCCUGCACCCCACGAGGACUUGGGCAGAGUGUGGCGGCAGCUGCUGGAGAUCCAUGAUGCACUGGGGCUGAGGUACCAGUGGGGCGGUUCCCACAGCAACAAGGCCCUGCUCUGCUCGCUGGGCAUCGACACCCGCAACAUCCUCUUCACAGGGCAGAAGAAGCAGCCGGUUAUAGUGCCCAUGUACGCAGCAAGCCUGGGCAUGCUGGAGCCCACCAAAGAGCCAGUGAAGCCCAUCUCCGCCGCGGAGAAGAUCGCCUCCAUAGCACAAGCCCCGCCCCCGCCGCUGCCGUCCCCGGAGAUGAGCGAGAUGAGCUCGCCGGACCCCGGCCAGGAGGCGCUCCCGCCUGUCCAGUUUGACUGGAGCAGCAGUGGCCUUACGAACCCUCUCGAUGCCAGCGGAGGCUCCUGUCUGCUCAACCUCGAUUUCUUUGGACCUGUGGACGACUCUAGCUCUAGCAGCGCCACCUCUAUCCCAGGUGUGGACCCGGAGCUCUACGAGCUGACCACCGCUAAGAUGGACACCGGCAACACCGGCAGCCGCAUCGCCGACGCCUUCGCCCGACUCAUGUCCACCGUGGAGAAGACCAGCACCUCCACCAGGAAACCCAAGAAGGAGGAGAACCUGAGUGAGGAGGCAGCCAAGGUGAUCGCUGGGCUCCCGGACCUCUCCUUCAUGCAGGCCAAGGUGCUGAUGUUCCCCACCACGCUGACCCCGCUGGGAUGCUCCGCCCCCUCGCCCGACUGACAGCCUGACCCCCCCCCCCCCCCCCCCCCCCCCAACCGCCUCUUCCCACCUCCAUCUCCCAUCUGUUCAGUCAUUUUUUUAUCACUCUUUAUUUUCCCUGUCUGAUUCUGUUCUUUUUUUUUUUUUUAAUAUAAUAUUAUUUUAAUGAAGUUUUUCAUUCACCCGUUAUCCUCUGAAUGAAGAAGGGUAGGACAGACAACUGUGGAAGUGUCCGUCUGUCUGUCUGUCCGUAAACAAGCUCCGCACAGACGGUGUAAUAACAGUGAUUAUGAAAAAUAAAAGCAUAUAUUUAUUUAUAGACCGAAGUCCUAUGAAGUAAGUCUUGUUUAUAUUAGGGGAAUUAAUCUGUAAAUAAUCAGGGAUGAGCAGUGCUUCAGUUUUUUUUUUUGGAAGAUUGUUACUUUUUUUUCUGUGCUGGGGGUGUAAAUGUUCGUCAUUGUGAGAUAAUGCCGGUUGAAGUCUUUUGCAAGGCACGAGUACAAAAACGUGAAUUAGAGAAAAUCUAUAAAUAUCUACGACUUGAAACCAGCCUGCCUGCGAAAUCCAGUGGAAUGUUUCCUUGUGUUAAUUGCCUUAGUUUUAAAUUUCUCGUUUGUUUUACUCUCUGUAGAUUUUACCCUAAACUUUAUUUCUUCAUGCGUACCAUCCAAGUUCCAUCUUUAUUGUAUAAUUUUUUUUUUUGUUUAGUCUUGAUUGUGGGUUUGAUACGUAAGAAAAAGCAACCCAAUGUGACUCUGAAAAACGCCUGUAUUGGCACAGAUAAAUGUUUUUGUUUUAUUCUUUUUUUUUGUUUUGUUCGGGAGGGAGGGAAUUUACUACGGAUCAAACCACUGACAUUAGAGUGCUUUAGAAGUAUUUACCUUUUGAAGGAGCUUAAGACGGUGAUAAUCAACUCAAUCGCAAGGAACGAGGGACCAAUAUCCGCUUCCAUGUUUCCGGUUACUUUUCGCUUCGUUGGCUGUGUCCACCUUUUGUUGUUCGUUUUUCCAUGUUUUUCUCUUUCCCGUUUUACCACUGUAAACCUGUUUUAAGGAGGAUUUUGCACAUUGUAAAGAUGAAAUGGAUGUAAUCAUAGUUCGCUGUGGCUUCAGACUGUGUACAGUACAACUAUGGGCCGUAAAAUGUAUGGGAAAAUUCCUAUGGAAAAAGACAGUAGACUUGAAGAGCCUGUAAAAAGGUUAAUAUGCAUGCCCUGGUUCUUUUCAGACUUUAGUGUGUAAAUUUACUUUUAGUGUACACAAGAAAUUAAAAUAAUUUAAGAGAAAAACA